CCAUCACGAUGACUCGUUGGCCCCGCCCCUAAGUGACGCAUGCGUGGAGGAUAUGUUCCUCGCAGCAAAGUCCUCCUUUACUCCACACACGCUUCUAAGCCUCGGCACAUCUACUAACUACACUUUAUUCAUCCUCCGUGUCAGCAUCAACUCCACUCGUCUCACUCAACUUUGGACAUUAUUAGGCCCGCUUAGAUUGCUCGUUGUUUGAGCGCGCUAGUUAGCUUAGCAUGCUAGUUAGCUUAGCUUGUUAGCCGCUAACAAAGAGACGCGGAUUUGAUCAACACAUCGCUUAGUUAAGAUCAAGUGUUAGUGUAAAGUGUUGUGAUUGUGUGAAAAUGUGCGAAAGAACCAUAGCAGAGUACGAGGAGGAACUUUGUCCAACUAAAGAGGAGAAGGAGCGACCACAUCAAAAACCUCAAGUUGUGUUACACAGAACAGACGUCCAGCAGCUCCCUCACAUAAAAAAGGAGGAAGAGGAUCCACAGCCCCCCCACAUGAAAGAGGAAGAGGAGGAAGUGUGGAUGAGUCAGGAAGGAGAGUGUCUUCUAGGGCAGGAGGAGGCUGAUGUCAGCAAGUUUCCACUGACUGUUGUCUCUGUGAAGACUGAAGAGCAUGAAGACAAACCACCUGAGUCCUCACAGCUUCAUCACAGUCCAAACCUCAAUGAAGAACAUCUACCUCAUGAGCAGGAGGAGGAACCACAGUCCCCCCACAUACACAAGGAAGAAGGGGUACCACAGUCCCAACACAUCAAAGAGGGAGGAGAGGAGCCACAGCCCCCCCACAUUAAAGAGGAAGACGAGAAGCCACAGACCCAUAAUGUUAAACUGACCCUUCACAUUGAAGGUCAAGCGGAGGACCCACUGAUCUUACACAUCAAAAAGGAAGAGGAUGAUCCACUGACCCCUCACUUUAAGGAGCAAGAGAACCCACUGAACCCUCACAUUAAAGAGGAAGAGACGGACCCACUGACCCCUCACUUUAAAGAGGAAGAAGAGGACCAAGAGCCGCCGCACAUUAAAGAGGAAGAGGAGGAAGAGGGCAUCAGUCAGCCUAAAUGGUUGGAGGAGUUCCCAGUGACUGGUGUCCCUGUGAAGAGUGAAGAUGAUGAGGUGAAAGGUGAAAGUGAGGAGAGGGGAGGGGGGGAGCCUCCAAGCAGCAGCUCAACACAACACAUGACAACAGAAGCUGAUGGAGACCACUGUGGAGGAUCACAAGCAGACAAGCUCUUAGCUCCACUAUCAGAUAGUGAGGACACAACGUCACACUCUCCUGACUCUGAUGAUGAAGACUCUAAAGAUGAUAAGACAUGUCACACUGACAACACACACUUCACAUGUUCUCACUGUCACAAAACCUUUCAAUACCGUCGUAAUCUGAAAAGACACAUGAGAAGACACACCGGAGAAAAACCUUUUAUCUGUUCAAAAUGUGGCAAAGGUUUUGUAGAAAGUCACAAUUUGAAAAUACACAUGAGAACACACACCGGAGAAAAACCUUAUGUCUGUUCAAUCUGUGGUACAUGUUUUGUACAAAGAAUCAAUUUGCAAGUACACAUGAGAAGACACACUGGUGAAAAACCUUUUACCUGUUCUACCUGUGGUAAAGGUUUUACAGAAAGUCCGAGUUUGAAAGUACACAUGAGAACACACACUGGUGAAAAACCCUUUUCUUGCUCAGAAUGUGGUAAAGAUUUUGUUCAAAGUAAACAUUUGAAAGUACACAUGAGAACACACACUGGUGAAAAAUCACAUUCCUGUUCAAUCUGCAACAGAAGCUUUUGUGACCGAUCAAGCCUUGUAGCACACAUGAGAAGACACCCAGGAGAGAAAGUGUUGAGUUGCAGUGUGUGUGGUGAAAGAUUGUCUUCUAAGUACCAGUGUAAGAAACACAAGUGUGCUGGUGAGAACAGCAGCAGCAAAUGAAACUGCAGGAUUUGAAAUAAACUGUCCAGACUUUCAUUUUGACUUUCUAACAACAUCAGCACAUAUAACAUGUGUAACAUUGUUGUUUGUCUAACAAUCUGUUUAAUAUCAUUCUGCAUUUAUAGAUUAGAUAUUUUUUAUUAGUGUUUUUUUCAGUCAAGUAGAUGCAUUAAUAUGCGAUAUUGUGUACUUUUAUUAAAAAAUGGACAGAACAAUUUGAGUAAAAAGGUGGGAGUAAACAGUACAAGACAUAUUUUACAUGCAAUAAACAUUUUAUGUGUGUGUGUGUGUAU